CAACAGUUUCUCCCCAUCCACAUUCUUUCGCGCUGCGUGCAACUUACCAGGUCGACAUCACCGGAGACGUUCUUUCCAGCUUAUCCGAUUUUGCUUCUAGGCGGCACCUCAUCACCGCCAGAGCGCGUUACCCAUCACGCUCAACGCGCCGCAUUCUGUACCACAUCAACGCAGGCCUACCAACUCUCGUGCCUACACAUCACGUCUCCAACCAUUCCGACACCGUCAUAACCACUCAACUUCAAAAUGGCCUCACCCCCACCUCUCAACCCCUUCCCCAAGAAACGCUCCUCCCUCGCCCCCCCCGGGCCCCCCAAUAAACGCCGCAAAGCCAGCACUGGCCCCUCCCUCCUCCGCCAAACCUCCUUCCCCCCCGACUCCCACCCCCAGCAAUUCUCUCGCUCCCCCUCCGUCGACUCCUCCGUUAUCGCCGGCACCCCCGGGGCCGGCACCCCGUCGAUCGUGUCGGCGGGCGGCGGCGGCAAGAAGAAGCGCAAGAGGAAGGGGAAGGGCGGGGAGGUGGACGGGGACGCGCGGAGCUUGACGGGGAGCGCGGCGAAGGGGGUGGGGGCGGCGACGGGGACGCCAAGCGUGGUGGAGGGGGAGGGAGAGGAGGAAGAGGAGGAGGGGGAUGGGGGGGAUGUGGAGGGAGGGAAGAUGGAUGAGGCGGAGGUGGCGCAGGAGAGGGAGCGGUUGCGGGUGUUGGUGGAGGCAUUUGAUGGGGGGCAGACGGAGCGAUAUGCGGUGUGGAGGGCGGUGAAGUUGAAGAAGGAGGUGGUGCGGAAGCUUACGAAUCAGACGCUCAGUCAGUCGGUGCCGCCGUCUGUCAUCACGACGGUGAAUGGAUACACGAAGGCGUUCGUCGGAGAGCUCGUGGAGCGGGCGAGACAGGUGCAGGUGGAAUGGAUGGCGGCGUCGGCCGCGCUGCCGACGGGGGAAGAAGUCCCUUCGGAUGGGCCGCUGGCAGAUCGGAUGAAGGAGCGAGACCGCGGCCCGAUUCUCCCCGACCAUCUUAGAGAGGCGCUACGACGAUACAAGAAGGACCAGGAAGGAGGCGGGGCAGGUUUCCUCGGCGCAAGUCUGGAUGGGGUGCAGGCGACUGCUGCGAGGAGUCGAGGGAGGAAGCUGUUUGGGGGGCUCAUUUCUUAA